AUGCACUUCAUGAUUCAGAAUAUUGAGAAGACAGCCCUGCUCUCUGAGCAUGUUAAUCUGCUUAUCACUGAGAUGAAACCUGAGACAGCAGAUCAGAAAAUGCAGGAUUUUAAGAUACAGAUUGAUCUGACUAAAAGAGAGCAGCAGAAACUCUUCUCUGAGAAGAUAGUGAAGAGUGAUUUUGAGAUGAUUAUCAUCUCAGAUGAGAAGAAGAAGAAGAAUAAGAAGAAUAAGAAGUGA